GUGGCGCUUUGGCGGCCGUGGGGAAAGGCCCUGGGAUCGGGAACCGAGGGCUCCCGCCGCGGGGAUCGCGGGGCCUCCCCGGCGUGUGAAAACUUAUUCCCGCUUGUAAAAACCCUGCUUUGGCCGAACACGUAGCAGCAUGUGUGGCGUCUUGUGGCUCUCCCCUUGCCGUGCUCUGUUCUUAAGACAUUGCAGCCAUGACUAAGAGAGAGGCAGAGGAGCUGAUAGAAAUUGAGAUUGAUGGAACUGAGAAACAGGAAUGCACUGAAGAAAGCAUUGUCGAGCAAAGCUACACCACUGCAGAAUUUGUGAGUCAGGCUAUUGACAUCAGUGAACCCAUUGGAAAUCUUAAGAAGUUGCUGGAACCCAGACUGCAGUGUUCCUUGGAUGCACAUGAGAUUUGUCUGCAAGAUAUCCAGCUGGACCCAGAUCGAAGCCUUUUUGAUCAAGGAGUGAAAACAGAUGGAACAGUGCAACUCAGUGUACAAGUAAUAUCUAGGCAAGGGAUAGAGCCCAAGCUGAACAUCCUGGAAAUUGUGAAGCCUGUGGAGACCGUGGAGGUUGUGAUUGAUCCAGAUGCUCAUCAUGCAGAGGCUGAAGCUCACCUUGUUGAGGAAGCUCAAGUGAUAACCUUGGAUGGCACCAAACAUAUUGCAACAAUUUCAGAUGAAACGUCGGAGCAGGUGACGCGGUGGGCGGCAGCCCUGGAAGGCUACAGGAAGGAGCAGGAGCGCCUCGGAAUUCCUUACGACCCAGUUCAGUGGUCGACAGACCAGGUGCUCCACUGGGUGGUGUGGGUGAUGAAGGAGUUCAGCAUGACUGACAUCGACCUCAACGCACUCAGCAUUCCUGGCCGCGACCUCUGCAACCUCAGCCAGGAAGAUUUCUUCCAGCGUGUCCCACGGGGAGAAAUCCUCUGGAGCCACCUGGAACUUCUUCGAAAGUAUGUGUUGGCUAGCCAAGAACACUCUGGAGAAAUAGCAACUGUUACAAUUGAUCAGCCUGUGCAGAUUAUACCAGCAUCAGUACAGCCUGCUACCCCCACCACCAUCAAAGUGAUAAACAGCAGUGCAAAAGCAGCCAAAGUACAGAGAGCUCCAAGGAUCUCUGGGGAAGAUAGGAGUUCCCCUGGGAACAGAACAGGGAACAAUGGCCAGAUCCAGCUGUGGCAGUUUUUAUUAGAACUUCUCACAGACAAAGAUGCCAGGGACUGUAUUUCUUGGGUUGGUGAUGAAGGAGAGUUUAAAUUGAACCAGCCUGAACUGGUUGCACAGAAAUGGGGACAGCGCAAGAACAAGCCCACCAUGAACUACGAGAAGCUGAGUCGGGCUUUGAGGUAUUACUACGAUGGAGACAUGAUCUGCAAGGUGCAGGGCAAGAGGUUUGUGUACAAAUUUGUGUGUGACCUGAAGACUCUGAUUGGGUACAGCGCAGCGGAGCUGAACCGCUUGGUCACGGAGUGUGAGCAGAAGAAACUGGCCAAGAUGCAGCUCCAUGGCAUUGCACAGCCAGUGACAGCAGUGGCCCUGGCCACAGCAUCCCUGCAAGCAGAGAAAGAUAAUUAAGCACUGGGACCUGUAAGUGGGAACCUGAGGCCUUUCCUCUAUAACCAGAGCACUUGGUGCUCUUACCUUGAUCAGAAUUGGAAACGUCUUUUGUUUCUUGAUUGUACAAUACAGAGCAUGAAUUUCUAUAAAGAACUCAGACAUGCAUAAAUUUGGAUCUUUUAACAGCAUAUAUUUUACUGUAAUUUAAGGGAUCACCCCAACUUCUGCAGCUAGUGAGAGGUGGAGCCUGUGACCACAGCUGUGCAAAGUAAUUUCUGCAACACUUUUAACAAAAAUUAAGUCCCUGUAGUCCCCAGGCUGAUCAGUUGUGUGAGUGCAGCCUUUUCCAGUCUUUUGUUCUCUGCUGAACUACCAAAUGGCAUUUGAUGCUUUCAAAGUUUACAAUAUAUUCAUUUUUCUGUUAAUCAGGUGGAGCUGAAAGACAUGUUAAAUGUUACAAAGCAUCAAGUUCUUAAAAUAGCUUCUGUGUUUAAAAGCAAAGGACACUUAAGACUAGACUUAACUGGAGAUCAGUGCUGAAGAAGAAGAUCCAGGUUUAGAUAUGGCUUAAGUGAAAAGCCAAUUAUGAGUAUUUCAUUGUAGUAUGCACAUAAUAUACAUAUAGGAGGGCAAAUACAUGUUUUGAAAUACAUACUUGACAUGAGCCAUUUGGCAGAAAGCAAAGGUGAACUUCUUCCCCCCAUGCCAUUCCCCAUCAGGUAAUUCAAAAACUUGAAAAAACAGCCCUCACCCAAAGAGUAGAUUGUUUUGGUGGGGAAUAUUAAUGCUGUGUUCUGCAAGGUGCUUAUACCUGCAUGGUCAACCUUAGUAUCCAAAGACUUAAGUGAAUCACAGUCAGUAGUCCCUGGUUAGGAACAGAAAGCAAAUUGAAAAUAGUUUUACAGAGAACUGUGGUUUAAUUUCCCAAUCAUUGUACAGUCUAACGUAUAUUAACUACAAAGAGGUACUUUUUAUUUAAAAUUAAGUUCUCUUUGAACUUCCAAGUGAUAUUUUUGAAGCUUCUUAAGCCAAAUGCAUGCUCCAGAGCUGGGUGCAAUUUGAAGUCUGGAUGAUGAGCCAGCAAUAGUUGGGAUGUAUCCUGAAUUCUGAGCUACUCAGUGCUUCUUGCAAACUUACACAUGCAGAAAAAAGUAGGCUUCAGCUUUUGAGUUUCCAUGCUGGUUAGACUGUUUCUUUUGAUGUCUGAGAACGGCAAGAUUUGGGGGUUGCUUUUGCCUCUUCUGCUAAUAAACAGCACAAUUACUAUGUCAGCAUUGAUUUUCACCAACUUUUUAGAAAUUAAACCCCCUCUUGUAACACUUAACAAUUACAAGGGAAGACCUUUAAUUCUGUUAGGGAUUGAGCUACUCUUAAACCUUAAAUCUGAAGUCCUUGAACAGUGAGAUUCUGAACAAAACCCCACAAAUCUGAACAAAGUGUGUUUGUGCUGAGCAGUGAGAGCACUGGGCUGCUGCUCUUGAGCUGAGCAGGAAUGGUUACACAUGCAGGCAGAAGGCAGAGAAUACAAAGACUUGUGUGUAUCCUCAAGAUGUGUUGAGGGCAAGGUUUUUUUGUAGGUGGAUGCUCAUCUGCAGAUAGUUUUUGCUUGACUAGAAGGUUUGCAUAUAGUUCUAACUUGUGUUUUUUCACCAUUGACAUGAUUAUAAAAUCAAAGGGUUUUUUGCUGGAUUCUUUUGGUAACUCUUACUGUUGUUCUCAUCCUUGAGUUCUUACAGCACUCCAUCUGCUGAGCAUGCUGGUGUCAUUUUGCUUGUAAAAAACACUGUAAGCCCUGAGCAAAAAAUCUGAAUGUAUCUGUCAUGAAAGGUCAACAUCACCCCUUUUCUUGCUGUUGGAGUUGGUGUCACUGAUUGGUGUUGGAGGCAUCCUGUGCAGGUCUGCUUAACCAAGAAUUAUGUGAAGUGAAUGCUUGAGCGCAGCAGCUCUGCUUGUAACAACAUUCUGUGACUAAACACAAGUCAGUACAAGUCACUGGUUCUAGACAGCAGAGUUCUUGAGAGGCAUUUUUAGUUCAAAUACAGGAUAAAAAGAAAAGAAGCUUAAAACACCAGCUUUCUAUAUCAAACUGGACUGUGGGUAAGCACAGCAAAAUUGAAAAGCAGUAUCAAUACUUCAUUCCCCUGCCUCUUCCUGUUCCAUGGUAAGUCUGAUGGGGGAAACCUCUGCUCCCAUCCUUUGUUUGUGGUUACAUCCUGUUGUUGCUUUGCAGCCUUUCAGUAGGAGUAAUGGUCCUUGGGGUUCUUUGUUGUGGCUCCAUCUGCUUCUCCACCAAGUUCUAAUUAGUAAAGAAAGAACCUUUCAAGUGGUAUCAAAUUAUUAUCACGCUGUCUGUAGUUGAGGGAGAAAUCUGUGACUAACUUGAUGUCUUCAGUAAAACAAAAGAUGUAGAAUAUAUUGUCAAAGGAUUUUCUGUUACUGCCAGAAGGAAAACAUAGAAUAUUCCCAAUUUUUGUAAAACAGAAGGGGUUUUGCAUACUUUUUACUCUUUAAAUAAAGACACUUAUACUCUGCUAAUUAUUACAAAUUUCUUUGUUUUGCCUUUUUUUUUUUUGUAAUUUUCCAUGAAACAAUUAUUUUCUAUUUUUACUCUGAUAAAGUAUUUGUGGAUAAAAUGUCAAUAUAGUAAAAUAAAAAUGUUAUACAGCUAAUUUGCCUUCUUAAUUUUUCAGACAUUUGUAAUAUCUUUCAGGGACAAGCAGUUCUGAGAUGCAUACUUGCCCUUUAUUCUCUUUUCUCUUAAAGUCAGAAGCUCAGUGUAGAAAGAAGGCAAACUCAGCUUAUAUUCUGAAGAUCUAUCUUCUUGGACUCAAUAUUUGGCUAUGUGUUUCUACUUUUAAACUAUAACUCAGUGUCCUUUAUUUCUGUAGCAGCUUUCUUUAACAUCUUAAUUGUAAAUCUCAGAAUGGUGCUUAGAUUAAACAAAUGAUGAAAACUCAGUAGUAGGACAGAAUGGAUCCCUGUGAAAUUAUUCCAUUUUUGCUUUUAUCAGUGUUUAAAUCAGAAAGGUUCACGCUGACCUGUAAAU